AUGCCAUCCGCUUGCGAGCGCUUCAUCCAGACUACGCUCCUCGGAGCAUUGCUCUUGCCCCUGGCGUGGGCGGCGAGGCCAGUCUUCGAGUUCGACGAGGGCUCCUCCCCGUCGUCCUUUGCCCAGCAGUCCGAGCACGCUCACGCGACGCUCACUGUCAAUGAGAUCGAGAAGUUCGAGGUGGUGCAGAUCUCCAAAAAGGAGAUGAUUCGUCUCCGCACGCAGGGCAUGCGGCUGCACGAGGUAAAACACCGCCACUUCAACCGGGACCCGAAGGGCCCGAAUUCCAUGCACGAGGAGUACGAGGAGGAUGAGAACGAGGACAGCAACGAGGAGGUCUUUUCCGUUACGCCACGAGGCCAGUUCAAGGCCGCGCCGUCCAAGAAACAUAUCGCCGACGCGCUGCUCGAGAAGGAGGCUGGCAACGCGACGGUGGACGGCUCCUUCCCGAAGUCGGUCAAGACGUGCCCGGAGCACGUGAAGAGCCAGUGGUACGAUCUGAGCUUUGCGAUCCGUGACAAGGGGAACGGGCACGUUUACCUCACGUGCGAGGGCCAGGCCGACGGCGAUGAGUUGAAGGCCUCCUGCAUCCCCAAAGAGUGCGGGGGCGACGCGUGGUGCUUCGUGAAGCGGGGCUGCGGCGGGAUCCGAGGGCGCUGCCGCAAGAUGGACGGCGUGGAUCCGAGGCAGUGCCAGAAGGCGUCCACGACGGAAAGCCUCGACAACGACGGGGGAAGGGGUGGCACCACGGCCACGACCACGACCACAGGCAAGCCUUCUACCGAGAGCGAGGCCUUCGCGCCGCCGCUGAAGAUCUCCCCAAGCCAGAUGACGGGCUACGUGUGCGCCCAGUUCGACCUAGACCUCACUAUGCUCUCUGGCGGCGUCUUCCCCGGCAUGUUCAGCGUAGGUCUGCUUGGCGAUGUACACUACAUACCUUCGACCCAGUGCUGGGGCUGGACAAACGAGCUUUACCUGCAGUUCUCUUUGGGCCUCGAUAUCGGGGGCGUGAACUUUCGCAUCAGCUUCGUCUUCAUCGCCACACUCGUGGUCACUGAGCAGCCCCUCAACGCCGCGAGGGAUCAGCUGUCGUGGGAGCUCCCCUACAAGUUGGACACCUCCGUGUGUCACACCAAGGACCCUUUCACGCUCAUCGAGAGGACCCUGAAGAGGCAGUGGAAGUACAUCCUCACGCAUGUCCUCACCUUGAGGGAGACGCCGGAGGAGAAAGUGGCAACGGCGCUGGAAAACUACGACAAGGAGAACAACUUCGCCCAGUAUGUUCCUCUCCUCCAGCAAGAUGGUGCUCCCAGGAAGUACCAGCUGCUCGGGCCCAAGGGCACCAUCGCCGAGGACACCGAGACCGAGGCCCUGGUCAAGCCGGGCAGCAAAGAGGCCGGCCUGCUCCGCAUGAACAUCACGCGCGCAGACAAAACCAUCACGGUCCAGAUCGGAGUCGCCGAAGUCCCAGACGACGUCGAGAUGCUGAAGUUGAUCGUGUGGCAGGACUGGGACGCGAUGAUCGCUAGGCAGGAGAGCAAUCUGUUCCGCCUGGUCGACAUGGCAGGGAACUUUAAGACGGACCAGAUCACUUGGAGCUUCCAGCUGCGUGGCCACAGCAUCGUCGUGGGCGCCGUCCACUUGUUGAGCUCGGGGGGUUCCAAGACCCACAUCGGCCCGUUUACCAUAGGGACGAAAAGCUACGUGAAAGUGGGCCCCAUUCGCCACGGUGAGGACCCCAUGUGGCAGAAGACCGGCUUCUUGCGGCAGCUCGACAUCGGCUUUCGGGAGUUCCUCGGCCGGGAGGUUGGUCACACGGGCACGCUCGCCAUCACGUCAUUCAAUAUCACAAAGCACAACUGCCGACACCAGCCCGAGUUCGCGCGAGUGUCGAUCAAGGCAGCCGCGGACCGCGUUGAGGAGGCCACGUGGUAUUGGAAGGACAUGGGCAGCAAGGCCCCGUGGGGCGUGCAUGUGACCCGCAAGCAUGGAAUGGAGGACCUUCUUGGACAUGCCGAAUGA